AUGCGCCCCCUCCAGCGAGGUGUUCGGACUCUGUCCUGGACUCGAGUUGUCCGUCGGGUCCAUCGGCAAACGCGAUGCGUUCAGAUUCGCGCCGCACCCUCGGGAGUGUCUUCCGUCAACGGCGACAGUCUGCCUCUGGCCGGCACGCCCACUUCUGUUGAAUCACGAGAUGCGCGAUUCGAUGUCGUCGGCGCUCCAUACUCGCUUCUUUCGGUUUCGCUUUCGGCCUCGCAAAAACUAUACACACGCCGGGGAACGUUGGUUGGAUUAAGCGGCAAGCCAGAUAAUGUGGUUUCCACAUUGAGCGUUCUAGAACCCUUCCGGAGGGCUAUCGUCGGAGUGCCUUUCCUUUAUCAGAAGAUCUCCUCCGCCAGCCCUAUCACAGCUCUCGUCUCCGUUCGAUCGCCCAACACCUCUUUCGCCGUCGUGAACGUCGAUGGCUCUGUGGACUGGAUGGUUGCCCAAAGACGGGCUUUGCUUGCAUGGACGGGCCGGUCUCUGAACAUCAAGCCGACUAUCAAUGCCAACCUGAGCUUGUCUCACUGGGGUAGCUCCGAAGUGACUGGCAGAGGUUUAAUAGCGUUGGUUGGAAACGGACAGCUCUAUUCAAUUGAGCUGAAGGAGGGUGAACAGUACAUCGCGCACCCCAGCAACGUGGUCGCCUACACCAUGUCCUCCAAUCCUCCUCGCCCUUACCGUUUCAAAUCCACUACCCUCAACUUCCAGGUCCCGGGCUUGAAGACGCUACCAAGGCUACUACAGAACGCCAAGUUCGUUCAGGAUGUUUCAGAACACAAGGCAUACAAAACCACUAUGCGAUGGUUCCACAAGCUGCGCACUUGGUCUCGAAUGACCAUCUGGGGAGAUAGACUCUUCCUGCAAUUCGACGGCCCCACAACCAUCCUCGUGCAAUCUCGCGGUCCUCGCAUCAACGAUAUUUUGUCUACACAGGAUGCCAAUGAGAUUGCUAGUAUUCCCAGAGGCUUUACCCCGCCCGCUCCUCAAGCCAUCGAAGACAAAAAGCCCGAGGAAAAGACCGAGGCCGAGCGGGCCGUCAGCAACAUCCCCGGUCUGACACGCUCUGUCGAGGAACUGGAGCAGGAAACUCAGGGAAUACGCCAGAGUGUUGCGAAGGUCCGCAAAGAUGGAAAGGUCGAGAUCGAUGAAGUUGCUCGCACGAACUAA